AUGUACGCUCAAACACAGAGUCCGCUGUUCCAGUUGCCCGGAGAAAUCCGCAACAGGAUCUACUACUACGCACUUGACAUGUGCUUCAUACACUCUUCACGCCGAUCGGCACAAAGCACCUCCACGCCCGGCUCCAUAAAUCUACAAGGACAUCUGGAGCGCCGCCAAUCGUCUACGAACCUCUUGCUCGCCUGCAAAGCAAUAUGCCGAGAGGCUGAAUCUCUAUUCGCUGAACUCACUCCCGCGGAAGUCGACCUUCAAGUAACGAAGCGACUCAGCCGAACUGCAAAACGCACAUUAAACUCGUUCAUGCGGGUCGUCAUUCAGUACCCUGUCGAGAAUGAGAGAAGGAGGCGAGAAGGCAGAAGCUCGGCGAAGGUGACCACCAGACAGUUGGGUUGGGAGCUGUUCAAAGCCCUCAAGCUAUAUACACGCGCAUCGGCAAAUCUUUGUCAAAACCGAGAUAUGCGUCGAGAGGCUACAGUCCAAUAUGGAUUGCGCUGGCCAAGUCGCUUCCAAUUCGCCGGGUUCAUCAAGAGAAUGGCGAAGGACAGGUAUACGUACUGGGCGGUCGAAAUCCAGUACGAGUACUACGACAUUGGAGAUCUUGCAGAACUUCAAGAACUGCGCUACAUUGCUUGGGCGAGAGAUGAGGUAGAGAAACUGGGCAAGCGGAUUCGGUUCUUCGUCACGAUCUUUCAUGGUGGCCCUGCGAAGAGGACUUUCCCUCUGCUAGAGGCGGUUCUUGGCCGUCGAGGCAUCGAGGAGGGUGAGAUGUUGGAUUCUGUGUUGGUGGGUCAGAAUUGGUGGUCUGUGGAGUUGAGUCUACUUCGUCUCCCCUAUACUUCAGCUCAACCGAUUGAACGGCUAGAAGCGAUGAAGUUCCUCUACUCUAGCUUAUUUGCAGCGUUCGCGUUGGCUACUGGUGCUCUAGCUCAUCCAAGUACAUCAGAUUCGGCUUCCUCUUCGCCUGAAGUCCAAGUCAACUUGGAAAUGGCGGGCAACACCAAUGUCAAGAUCUCGAUCAAGAACACCGGAUCAGAGUCUUUACGCCUAGUCAAAGUUGAUGGUCUUCUAAGCGACUUGGCCGUCAACAAGGUCACUGUCGUGAAGGAUGGCAACAAGCUCCCUUUCUACGGUAUCCACGUUGACAUCGACCUCACUGCGCUUGCAGACUCCUCAUUCCAGACCUUGUCACCCUCAGAGACAGUCGACAAGCACUUCGAUAUCGCCCAUGUUUACGAUCUUGGGGCUGGCGGUAUGAUCGAUUUAGUGUCGCAAGGCACCUUCCUCUAUGCGACCGCUGGAUCAUUGGUUGUAGAGACCAUCUCCUUCAUCUCGAACACUCUCACCGUCAACGUCGACGGAUCUCAAGCAGCCGCGACCCGUCAGACUUGGCUGUCGAGCGUAUGGAAUGCGGAAUUCAACCUCCAAGGCGGUUGCACCCACGAACAGUACGACAUUCUAGACCAAUGUCGCAGUCUGUGCUCUGAUCGCGCCUAUUCCGCCUGGCAGAACUCGCUUUCCGACGCUGGCAAUCACACGAGGAUCAUGGAGUUCUUCAAGGACGACACUGAGCAGAUUCGCAAGAAGCUCAACGACGGCUUUCUCGCAAUGGGAUCUGAAUGUCGGAACAUGAAUGAGGGUCGUGUCAAGAUCUUUUGCAACAACCUCGAUGGCUGUGGACCGGGUGUAUUGGGGAUGACUGUGUGGGCUGGUGAGGAACUUCACGUCAGGUUCUGCCCGUUUUGGUUCGAUGCGUGGUACCAGAUUGAUCAUCCAGAAUGUCAUGAAGGCGACAAGACAAAGACGAUGACGCAUGAGCUCUCUCAUGCAUUGUUCAGCGUCGGAGAUGUCAAAUAUGGAUACGACAACUUCAUCACGCUCAACUCCACGGAUAACCUCAACAACGCGGACACUUAUGCAUUCUUUGCCAAGGGAACUUUCUGCGAGCACAUCAAAACAGAAGUGCUUGCCAAGCAGCCUGCCUCAGCCUAUUGGAACUUGGGUAAGCGCGAGUCGGCGUUUUUACGAAACAUACUCAGACUCUUCCUCGAGCACCGAGUGGUCGCACUGUACGGCGCCAAUCACGUUCUCCCCACGCAUAUCAACAAGAUUGUCGACGUUCUCGUUAACGUCAGCGGUGAUACCUCGCCUGACAAGCGCUCUGUUUGGGUCCGCGGUGUCAUCGGCGCUCUGAUCAAAACCCCGAAUAUCUGCAAGCUCGCCUAUAACCCGAGUGACAAGAGCAGGAGCAGGGUAAUGUCGUCAUCGGGGCGUCAAGAGGCUCUGAGUGUCGCGGUCAUCAUGGGGGAGAGGAACACUGUCUGCGCACUCACUACCGAACAGGGUGCCAUGUGGACAAAGUUAUCGACAGGAUCUGAGCUGGGUUGUGCGCUGGAGUUGGCCGUGCAAAACGAUGACAUCGAUCUUGUUGAGGUCCUACUAUCCCAUACUCAGCGAUCGACUGUGAGUAAGGUCAUGAAAGUACAAACCAUGACGGUCGUAAGCGGCAUUAUGCUUGCUGUCCGGAACAAUGAGCCCAUCGCGCUAGUUUUGCUGGAAUGGUACAUCUCAAAUGCCAAGCACAAGGAGAUAAACUACCUCAAGGACUGGUUCGAAGAAGCCUGCGCAUCUGAAUUGAUGGGCUUCCUAGGUAGGCUGAUUGCACUAUCCACGCCAGGUAUGCGAAAAGAAUUCAGACGGAGCUUCCUCACGAUAGCCGAACCGUCUUCUAGCGUGUAUGGAUAUGGCAGACGCCUUCGUUUCGAUCCUCAGCUCUUCCGUGUUCUCGUAUCCUUCUUGUUGGAUGCCGGUUUGUUUGACCGUAGCAACAUGAACUCAUCCGAAUGGACAGAGCGCGCUCAAUUCCACGGUUUGAUCAACACUGCGGUACGGAGAGGAGACUUGAAUGCACUUGAGCGCGUCAUGGCGGCCGGCGCAAAUUCUGAUCGCCUACGUCCCGAUGCUAAGGGUCUGUCGACUUCUCUGCGCCUCGCUGCUCAACAAUGCCGUUUCGAUCUCUGCAAGUUGUUGAUAGAUCACGGCGCCGAUCCUGAUCUCGAUCCUGGACUCAACGUUGGUAUGCAAGACCCGAGAUAG